GGCGGGGAAUCCUGGGGAGGUUUCCUUGUUCAGUGCGUGGUUUGCGGAUAGGGAGCAGAUAGAGCGCCAUGGCUGCUGAGGCCGCCAAAGCUGGCGGGGACACCAUCUUCGGUAAAAUCAUUCGCAGAGAAAUCCCGUGCAAGUUCCUGUACGAAGAUGACAAGUGUGUUGCCUUCAAUGAUAUUGAACCACAAGCUCCCACACAUUUUCUAGUGGUUCCCAAAAAGCCUAUAUCCCAAUUGUCUAAAGCAGAAGAUUCUGAUGCAGAGCUUCUGGGACACCUGAUGAUUGUUGGUAAAAAAUGUGCAACAGAGUUGGGCUUAACGAAAGGCUACAGGCUUAUUCUAAAUGAAGGCCCGGAUGGCGGACAGUCUGUCUACCAGAUCCACCUGCACGUUUGUGGUGGGCGUCAAAUGAAAUGGCCACCUGGUUAAUUGUUACUGAACAUUUACUUCAUCUGUAGAAUGGUUCAUGCUUUGUUUUAAACAAAGAACAUGGAAAAAAUGGAGUACCAAUUUGAAAGUGCCAUUACAGUUUUACUGUGAUGUAUCAAUUGCUGUAAUGAUUGUAAAAUAAAUUCCUUUUCAAGGAA